UGUUGGCUUUAUAUGAUCAGCCACAACUCCAGCCCAGGAUCUGGUUGCGUGUUGGCUUUAUAUGAUCAGCCGCACCUCCAGCCCAGGAUCUGGUUGCGUGUUGGCUUCAUAUGAUCAGCUGCACCUCCAGUCCAGGAUCUGGUUGCGUGUUUUUGCUUCUGGAUGCGCUGUGAUUAUAUGCCUGAUUCCCCGGACUUUGACCUCUGCUUUGAUACCCCGUUUGUGAACCCUGUCUGCCGGCCCUGACCUCUGCUUAAGUUUGACUCUGCUUCUGGAUAUCCCCUCUCUGUACCACGUACCUGUUUUGCCCCCGUGCACACGUUCACUGCUCUAGUGAUUUCUCUACGCUGUCACUCUGAGCAGUGUUAUUUUGCAAGGGUGUGCGCCACCUCCUGCAACUGGGCUCCGGCUCAAUUGUUAUACAUUAUUCAAAUAAUGCACUGGGAAAAAUAAAUAUGCCCCUAAACAAAACAAUACAGACUGAAGCGUACAGGGUUAACAGAAAGUAUGUGAGUUAAACUCUCCGCACCCAGUAUGUGUAAUACGAUAUAACACACCCCCUGCUUUCCGGGAAAUCACAGAAAUACAGUUUCGUUUCUUGCUCCUGUGUUCAGUGAUGGCGUCCGCUGGUCUGAGAGAGGAGCUCACCUGCUCCAUCUGCCUGAGCGUUUACACCGAUCCCGUAACCCUGACAUGCGGUCACAGCUUCUGCCGGGUCUGUAUUGGGGACGCGCUGGACACCCAGGAAGGUUCUGGAGUUUAUUCGUGUCCUGAGUGCAGAGCAGAGUUUCAGGAACGUCCUGUGAUGGAGAAGAACAGGAAGCUCUGUAACAUAAUAGAGACUUUCCUAUCUACUCACCCAGCGGAGGAGGACGUUGGGGUCUCCUGUACUUACUGUGACUCUCCUGUACCUGCUGCUAAAACCUGUCUGCUGUGUGAAGCUUCUCUGUGCGAGAAACACUUACAGAAACACAGCAAGUCCCCGGAACAUGUCCUAACGGAACCCACCGCUUCACUGGAGAACAGAAAAUGCUCCGUCCACCGGGAGAUCCUGAAAUAUUACUGCACUGAGGACGCUGUCUGUAUCUGUGUGUCCUGCAACUUGGCCGGAGAGCACAGGGGACACCAGGUGGAGACUCUGAAUGAAGCCUCAGAGAAGAAGAAGGAGAAACUGAGAAAACUUCUCCAGAAACUGACCUCAACGCGAGAGGAGACAGAGAAACGAGUCAAGAGUCUGCAGGAGCGCAGGAGAGAAGUGCGAGAAAAAGCAGCUGGAGAAACGGAGCGAGUCGCUGCCCUGAUUAGAGACAUCAGGGAACAGCUGGAAGCUCUAGAGAAGAGAGUCCUGAGUGAGAUCUCCCGGCAGGAAGAGCAGGUCUCACUCCGAGUCUCAGAUCUAAUCCAGCAGCUGGAAAUAAAGAAGGAGGGACUGUCCAGGAAGAUACAAGACAUCGAGGAGCUGUGCAACAUGACUGACCCAAUAAUUGUCUUACAGGAACAGGAAUCGGACAGAACUGACUUUUGUGAUCCUGAGGAGGAAGAUAUUGAGAGUGAUGAGGAUGAAGAGGAUACCGAGGACAGAGACAUUGAUGAUAGAAAGCUCUGUGCUGUAGAUCUGGAUGAGGGUCUGAUCUCAGUGACUUUACACGCAGGUUUAGCUGGUAUUGUGACCGCUGCAAAGAGACGUCUCGAUGCUCCUCAGGCUUCAGACAUAUUACUGGAUGUAAACACGGCUGGUAAUCUUGUAGAUGUAUCAGGUGACUUCAAAACUGUAUCCUGGUCAGAAAUAAACCAGAGUCACCCAGAAACACCAGAGAGAUUUCAGAAUUAUAAUCAGGUUUUAAGCACCAGGAGUUUCUCCUCAGGUAGACAUUACUGGGAAGUGGAGGGCAGUAAAUCAGGGGUAUGGGGUGUUGGGAUGGCCUUUCCCAGUAUAGACAGGAGAGGACGUCAGUCACUGAUUGGAUAUAAUAAGAAGUCCUGGUGUUUGCGGAAGCGGUCAGGUGAUCAGUAUUUAGUGAUACAUGACAGUAAAGUAAUCCGGUUAUCUCACCGCCCGUCCUGUUGGAGGUUGGGGAUAUUCCUGGACUAUGAGGCCGGGCGGCUGUCCUUUUAUGAGCUGUGUGAUCCGGUCAGACACUUACACACCUUCACUACCACCUUCACUGAGCCGCUUCACGCUGCGAUCUGGGUAGGGAAGAAAUCCUGGGUGACGAUCCGGAGCUGGGAUUAAUGAUCUCUGUUAACAGAUUCACCCAGCAACCAGUGACAGCUCAGAGAAGAGAAAUCUGAUUGGUUGCAACAUACUACAGGAUCAUAAACUCUUGUUUACCUGGUAAAUCUAUUAACCCUUUCAGGAACUGUUUUU